CACGGGUUCAGGUGAUGUCCUCUAAAUCUUGGCAGUUUCGGUCCAUCCAACUUCAAACGGCGUGACGUCGUCAGGCUGCCCAGGCAUCCACCAGAUCACAUCGACCUGUCAAACCGCCCAAAAGAGUCACAUCAAUCAGCUCGUAUCUGCCUUUCGAAUGGGAUAGACCACGUCGCCCGCACGCACGUGGGACAAAGACUUGGGCUUGUGCCUGUGCGCUGCGCACAGCACCCUGCUCUGCCCGUGCAAUGGUCGCAGAAGCACGGCAAGCGCUUCGAUUGGCCACUCGCCGGUCACCCAGCGAAUUUAUUGGCUGGAACCUCACAAAUGUACGACUGGCCUCGUCCCUUGCGCUAACGCCAAUCCCGUCAAAGGCAUGCAGGGCAAAGUUGCUGUGGUGGGAGCUUCGAAAUGGGGCACGGGUGCCUUUCGUCCGCGGGCGGCGGCCUCAGCUGCAAUCGCCACCCAAAGCAACCGUCGGCUCGGACGCAUCACGUCAGGCUGCAGCAUUCCAUUCAAGCGCAAGGCGCCGCGCGCGGCCCCUUGACUUCUACAGCAUCCUCGAGGUAGGAAAGGACGCGAGCCAGCGUGAAAUCAAAAUUUCAUUCUACCAGCUCUCCAAGAAAUACCACCCCGACGUCAACCAAACCGAUGAGAGCGCCAAGGCAAAGUUUCAACAAGUGUCUGAGGCAUACGCUACGCUUGGUGACCAGAGGAAGAGGCGAGAGUACGACUCGAGAUUGCGAGCCUCUUCGUCGCCCUCCGUACGCUCUUCAAGUGGAGGCUCUUCCUCUGGCUACGGCGCGGCCUCAGCAUACCAGGGCUACACCUACGACCCCGAGGCGAAUGCCAAUCGCCGCGCGCGCGCAUCCUACGCCUGGGACUAUCAACGGCGACGGGCCGACUCAGUGCGCUCUGCACGCGGAGCCGCUCGUCACAGGCCAUCGAAAGAGAGCGAUGCGACCUUUUCAUCGUCAUCUUUCAAUUCUUCCGCCCGAGGCGCCGCCGCAGCCGGCUUUGGGUUCGGGAACGGGGGCGUGGAUACAAACACGGGCGACGCAGCUCGCUCGAAACUGUUCGAAGAGCUGGCUGCGCGGGAGCGGAGGAAAGAGCAAGCAUUCUCCGCGCGUGGCUUUGGCUCCGGCUCGUCCACGGCGGGCUCCGCGGCUGGAAAGAAAAAUGAAGGCAGCGGCUCUGGACCUGUCUGGCGGUUCAUACAGGUCGCAGGCGUCUUUUGGAUCAUCAUCAUGAUAGGCAACAAGGUCUCACAUAAGGACAGCGCCGCCAAUCAUCGGCGGUCAGAGAAGAGGUAGCUGGCUGUCCCUGCAUUCUUUUAAAUGUAUAGAUAGUUGCGUGGAUCAGCUGGCAAUUCGAACAUGC